AUGCGCGCCACCGUUGCCUGUGACACUGAAACUAUCACGUACGGGCCGCUCGUGAUGAUCCUCCUGUGGUGGCGCGUCCGCUGGCUUUCGCCGUGGGCGGAGACGUCGUCGGAGUGGAAUUUGAUAGUGUCACAUGUUACUCAACGACGGAGACGCUCCGAGAAGAUGUCCAUGUUCAGCAACUAUCGUGCCUUGAUGAUUUUCAAAUCAAGGUCACCAUGA